UGGGCCCAGAAGUAGAGCCUUAACGAUUACAAUUCAAUCGGCCCAACACAAUAUGGGCCUGUGAGCUAGCGUCGGAUCUAUGACCCGACCCAAAAAUUCUUUUCCACAUCGAGAGGGAGAGAGAAAGAGAGAGAGUCCACGCCAACGUUUGCCGAGACCCAACGAAUCGAACAUCGUCCCGUCGUCGCUGUGGAUUUCUCCGACGCUUCUUAAGGGUGCAAAAGCUUCUAGAAAGAAAGGUCUCUGUUAGCGAGGGGAAGCGAUGAUAACGAGAUCGAAUUUAGCGGAACAGCUAAGGGAAUAUCAGAUUAGGUCAAAGCAUGAUUGGGCCUCCGUAUCCUUCUUCUCCUCCACCUCCAAUUUCUCCUCUUCCAGGGUCGAUGUGGUAGUGUUUGUGAUUUGGGAGCUAGUGAUCUUAGCAUUCCUUGUCUUCUCAGCUGUCUCCUUGUACUUCAAGCGGUUGCAACUCGCAUUCAUCUUGCUUUCUGUUACUUUACUCUUACUCCUCUCUAUGAAAAUCACUAAGCAAGUCAGAGUUGCUAGGAAGAAGAAGCGGAGGAUGCUUCUUCCUCUCUCUAUGUAAAAGGAUCAGCAAACUUUGUUAUUCCUUCUUACACAAUCAAAAAAACCCAAACUCUCCCCUGGCAAUGAACCCGUAAAGCAUCGAUGAAGCUCAGACUUUGUCUCUGGUACGCAUCGUUUCUGUCCUUUUGAAGAAUAGACUUGACCUGAGAAUUAGGUAACUAGCAGAAGGAUGGGUGCAAUUUCAGGGCUUAGUUUAGACAAAACAGAACUGUCUACGUUAUCAGUGUUUUUUUUCUUUUUUGUGAUUAUAACACGUUAUAUCAGUUGUGUAGUUAAUUUUGAUUUUGUUGGCUGUUGAAGUUCAAAAAAGAAUCGUUUGUAGGAUUUCAUGUGACUAGAAAAAAAGAGAAAGCAGAGAACACUCAUGAAAGUUAAAGACAGAGCUACGUAGAAAAUGAAAGUACCAAGCAACUUGCUCUAAAAAGCUCACAUGUUUCUUUCACCACCACUAACAUCUUUUCUUUACCAUUUGCAACCACUAGAGUAUUCUUUUUCCUUGUUAAGAAAGUGUGGUCAAAUAUCUUGUAUUAUACAUAAGUGUUACGGUCUGUUAAUACACUAGAUUUGGAAAAUCUCUAGAUAUAUGUGGAAGAUCUGUACGUAAAUCCACGAGUGCCGUGAUUUAAAACGUGGAGGAAAGUUGUAAAGAAUUGAAUAAACACGAACACCCUUUUCCCUCCACACAUACAAUGGUUAUAUAUAUAGGCACUUACG